AUGAGCAGAGCACCUCCUCUGAUGCCGAGCUCGUCCGGCUCGCACACCUACUCGUCGCCCAAGCUCGGUGCGGCGGCUAUCUACAGCACCAGCUCCCCGACCGGCUCGCCACGGCCGUACUUUGCGCAGCAUCUGCCCGGCACCCUUUCGCCGUAUCGCGAUGCAUCCUCGCGCUACGCUCAUCUCGGUAGCCCACGCAUCAGCUCGCUCAGCCGUGAUGCCACCGCAGCAUUGAAGGCGAGCAGCUACCCCACAUCAUCUUCUCGACCUACCUCUCCCACCCCGGGCUCGCGAUCGCCAUCGCCCAGCAGCGACAGCGAUGCCUCUGAUGCCUCUGUCUCUCGCGAGUCUCUUGCAACCAGCCAACAGCACCAUCACGACUCGCGCGAACACGCACAUCCGCCGCUCAGCAGGCACGACUCUUCCGGGCGUGGCGACUCGCAGUACCCGCGACACGAUGGUCACGACGAACCUGGCACCUCCGCAUCGGCCAAAGGGACGUCCGCCGAUUCUCCCAACAGCCUCAGGCGUGCACACCAGCUGCAGCCAAUAGAUACCAAAAUCUGCAUGUUGCUACCUGCCGUAGCCAGGCAGCCCGGUGCGGUCUCGCAAGCGGCGGACAUCCCGCUGCCAACCGGUUUGCAUUGUCCGCACUCCCGCAACAAGGUUUGA